GUGCUUCACACUGACAUCGUCAAUGUGUGGAAUUUCCAUGACCCUCAUCAUUACUUGCACAGUCAAGAGUUCAGGGCAAUGAUGAUGAACAUGGUUGAUAAGAUAGAAGUUGGACCAGCAGCUAAUCCCACCAAGACCAUGGCUUUUGGGUUAUCCAUGGUGGGCACUAUUGCGGGCAUCGUAUCCGCCCUGGCGGGACCUGCGGCUCCCAUCGUAGUACCAAUCACAGUAGGUGCUGUACUCGCCGUAUGGGCUUACGAUGUAUACCAGAUAUCAUACGCAUCACUAUCUUUUCGUGAACAAAAGGAUAUUAACACUCCUUUGUCACGCUUCAUGGCAUAUAUCAUCCACUUGACGCUUGUGUUGCAGACACUUUAUCUCGUGUCAGAAAGCCAGGAACUCACUCAUAGGGCAAUCAAGCUCGCAGUCAAUUGCUACAUCGAAUCUCCAAUGAGCGGAGAAGCCAAUACUCGGAUUCAGGAUUACGAUCAUCAAUUGACCAUCGUGGAUUGUAUGGAUAGCGAUGCGUUGGAUAAAAUCAUUGAGGUGAUGCAAUUUUAUAGCAUCGAUGAGGCACAAAUGUCCAAACUUCGGGAAAAGCCCCAUGUAGUUCUGCCGGACGAGCCUUGGUCGUAG